GACAAUAAACUAACAUAACCUCCCUUGUCAAAACAAUCACUGUUUAUUCUUUUAACAAAUGUUGUUUUUUAAAUUUUAAAAAUGGAUUCAAGCGGUGACAAGCCUCAAGAAUCUUCCCAAGACGUAAUAAACCUCCUUCAGGAAAAAGUUAUUAGCUUGUAUUUAUACAGAGAUCAUUAUUUUGAAACUCAUAAGAUCGAAGAUGCCAUUCAUAAAAAUGGGGAUGUUGAGAAAAAAUUAGCUGAAAUUGUAAGAGUUUUUGAUGAGGGUGAAAAAAGGGCUUUGGGAGGCGAUAGGGCGAAGUUUUGUUUUCUCAAAGGUAGAGCAUUGAAUGUUGUGCCUAAGUUUAGCAAAGAAGCAGAAAGUUUGCUCUCUAAGGCUGUUAAAUUGGAUCCUAAAUGUGUUGAGGCUUGGAAUGAGUUAGGAGAAUGUUUUUGGAAGAAUAAUGAGUUGAAAAAGGCGAUGAAUUGUUUUGAGGGAGCACUUAAAGAACGUAAGAAUAAAAUUUCAUUGAGGAAUCUCUCAAUGUUGGCAAGACAGGAAACUUCAAAUAGUAGAGAAAAUUUAAUAAAUAAUAUAGAAAAAGGCUUGAAUUAUGCAAAAGAAGCUGUCCAACUUGAUCCACAAGAUGGCCUGUCAUGGGCUGUUUUAGGAAAUGCCCACUUAUCAUCAUUUUUUGGAAUCCAGCAAAACCCAAAAACAUUAAAGCAAUGUUUAAGUGCCUACUCCCAAGCCGAAAAAGACAUUGUUGCCAAAAGUACUCCAGACUUACAUUAUAACAAAGGAAUAACUUUAAAAUAUGAGGAAGAGUUUAAGUUGGCAUUGGAAUCGUUUAAUAAGGCGGCUUUGUAUGACCCCACAUGGGACCAACCCAAAAUUAAGGAAAAGCAACUUGUUAGAUAUUUAAAUGAGAUUAGCGAUUUAGUUACGACGAAUGGUAAAAUGAAGGCGAAACGUUUACAACAAAUUUUGCAAUCGAUCGAUUCAAAGCAAUUGGGUCCGUAUGGAGGCGGGAGUUACACCUCGUCGACGAAUCAAACCGUCAAACUUGAUGAAAUUUCUUUAGGGAUCUUAAAGCCGGGUUUAAAUGAGGAAAAGGUGAUUUUGGGUAAAGUCGUAUGUACAGUACAAAACGAGGAUUCAGUUCCUUUUACAUUGUGUUUGGUGGAUAAAUUAGGAACUUGCGUCGUAGUAACAGUUUUUAAUUUGGCUGACGGUAAAGGUGUUAUUAUCGGUAAUUCAGUGGCAAUUCCCGAACCUUAUGUGUCUGACGUGAAUUUUACGUAUAAAGAUAAUGAAUACAAGUUUCGUUUAAUACGAGUCGAGACACCUCUUGUGAUGGUUGUGAAUGGUAAAAAAGUAAAUAGAGAUCUUCAAGCAGGUGUCCAAAUGUCAAUUUUUAAUAAAUAUGAUUGAUUGUAGUUCACACUUGUUUGUUAUUCAGAAUGAGAGUUGGUGUAGGAACCUGUAAUUUAUUAAACUUUUAAAUUUAUUCAAAAAUUAAUUGUAAACAAUAAAACAUUUUUUGAUCA